AUGACCACUAUCAUUGACCACUCCUCGCCCUCAUCCAUCCAUAAACUCCCUGCGGAGAUUCUGGUUCAGGUUUUCGAAGAACUUACCGCACUCGAUGCCUGCGACGACCACAUCGCGCCGUCCAGUCUGUUUGUCUGCUCCCGGGUCGAUCGUCGAUGGAAUGGCAUAGCGAGCACUCCCAGCCUCUACACACAAAUUCAUGUCCCACUCCUAGCCCUUCGCCAACAAGAGUAUGACGCCGGGAAAUGGGCUCGUUCAUGGCUUGAGCGUUCAGGUUCUCGUUUAAUCGACCUUAAUGUCCGAAUUCAUGGAGAGAUUUACCGCGAAAUCGACCAAUUCUAUGCCCUGUCACAUUCGCUCGUACAGCAUGCCUCGAGGCUGAGGUCAUUCUCUAUCACUGUAUCGGAUGACUGUAUGGUUGACACUAACACUCCUAUAUUCUUAAACUCGUUCCACUGCCUCAAUGCCCCCGCUCUCGAGGAAAUCAAGAUAUAUCACACAGAGAGAGCGCACAGCUCAGAACUCCGAGUACCUAUGAGGGAUGUCGAUGAACCGGUAUCCUGGGGUCGCCUCUUCUGGUCGACUCCUAAACUUCGGAGGGUCAGAUUUCUAGGAGUAGCGACCACAUACCCGUUGAAGGAUUUGACGGUCAUCGAACUGCAAAAUGUUGUAUUGGAUGAAUUGGUACUGCGGAGGAUGGCUAUGAGUUCUCCUGACUUACAGGAGUUGACCCUUCGGCGGUUACAUAUUCCCUCUCCUGUUGAUCCAGGAUCGGUCAAGUCAGUCCCGAUGCCAUCCCUCCAAUCACUAUCGCUAGGGUUUGACCUCGGGACAACGGAAGAUUUAGUAGACCGGCAGUACAAAUAUGUUCUUACCCGAAUCGAGGCGCCUAAUCUCGAAUAUCUCGAAUUGGACGCUUCGGAACUGCUUACGGGGAUUUCCAACGUCCUCCCUCCCCCAUCUUCCCUCCCGGGAUUGCGCAGAAUAAGCUUCCGCCACCUCGGUAAUCGCCUCUCCUUUGAGACGGAGUACGUCGGGGGACUCCGCAAGAGCCGCAUUGAAGAUAUCACUCUCAUCGAUACUGAGCCAGAUGCUCUGGGACUCGAUUCGUCUGCCUCCAAACGGGACUGGGAAAAUCUGAAAUCCCUCUCGAUUGACACCGACGAUGCGAAAGACUUUAUUUGGCUUUGCCAAGUGCUUGUGGCUCGACCGCAAGUUCAAACGGUAUCUCUUUCACCCCGAGCGUUGAGGCAACUGCGGGAGAACGUUGUCAUGAUGCAUUUCAACGAAAACCUUACAUGGGUGGGGACCGGGUCUCACCUGGGUUUAUCGCAUAUGUGUCAGGGCGACGGUAUCUAUGACCAGACUGAGGAAUGGAUUUCGAAUCGAGUUACCUUGAAAAUGUUUGAAUAG